UAGUGCCGCUGUGCGCCGCCCAGCCACGGCAAGAUCGUCAUUGAGAAGAACGAACGCAAACGGGGAGACCGAGGUCUUAAGAGGAUCUUAAGGAUGGUACCGGCACACUGUUGCUCGUCUCCUUAAAGACAACGAAUCGUCAAUCAGUCACAAAUCUGUCUGACACGCGUCGCGCGAGAUAUUAAGAAUAUAAAUCCGCGCUAAAUUUCAUAGAUUUUCAAACAAAAUUAACAAUCUUGUCUUCUCUCUUUCGCGAAUUCAUUGCAAAAGUCAUCAUGAGUGGAUCGGGGAAGAGUCUUCUCGGGGUGUGGCUGUACAGGAGAGGCGAGAGUUGGGCUGUCAAGGAAGGAAGUCCGUUACAUAAGUCACAUACAGCGGAUGUUACUAUCUCUGAGGGUGAGAAUAAUCCGAAUAGUGACAAUAAAAAUUCUGUGAUAUUUUCCUUGAAGAAUCAAGUCGGUGGCUUGGCACGAGCACUUCAAGUAUUUCAGGAUUUAGGUAUAAAUGUCGUGCACAUCGAAUCGAGGAAAUCACUGCGCCGCGGCUCCGAAUACGAUAUUCUUGUGGAUGUCGAAUGCGACUCGAAGCGGAUGGAGCAAUUAAUGAAGAUGCUGAGCCGCGAAGUAGCAGCUAUCAAUCUCGCCCAUUACGAGCAGAUCGGAAGUAUACCACGCGCGCCUUCUCUUUCGACCGCGACAAGCUUCGAUUUUAGUGAAGUAGACAUGCCUUGGUUCCCACGAAAGAUAUCGGACCUUGAUCGAGCCCAAAAAGUUCUCAUGUAUGGAUCGGAAUUAGAUGCAGACCAUCCUGGUUUCAAGGAUACCGUGUAUCGUAAACGUCGCGAGCAGUUCGCCGAUAUCGCUUAUAAUUACAGACAUGGCCAACCGAUACCCAGGGUGCAAUAUACACCAGAGGAGAUCAGGACUUGGGGAACCGUUUUCCGCGAACUGCACCAACUCUAUCAAAAAUACGCGUGCAAAGAGUAUUUGGAAAAUUGGCCGAAGUUGGUCAAGUAUUGCGGAUACAGAGAAGACAACAUACCUCAACUGCAGGACAUAAACGUUUUCUUGAAGCGAACAACGGGAUUUCAACUUCGUCCGGUUGCGGGUUAUCUGACGCCGCGGGACUUCCUUUCCGGUCUGGCUUUCCGAGUGUUUCACUGCACUCAGUAUAUUCGACAUUCUUCCGAUCCAUUUUACACACCGGAACCAGAUUGUUGCCAUGAAUUGCUGGGCCACAUGCCGUUGCUUGCGAAUCCAAGCUUCGCGCAAUUCUCUCAAGAACUCGGUCUGGCUUCCCUCGGCGCAUCGGAUGAAGAUAUAGACAAACUGGCAACCUUGUAUUUCUUUACUGUGGAAUUCGGAUUGUGCAAACAAGACGGUAUGCUACGCGUUUACGGGGCUGGCCUGCUGUCAUCGGUGGCGGAACUGAGGCACGCGGUUACCACCCCCGAAAAGACUAUGAGAUUCGAACCUGAUAUCACAUGUAAACAAGAAUGCAUUAUCACCGCGUUCCAGAAUGCGUAUUAUUACACAGAUAGCAUAGAAGAAGCAAAGGAGAAAAUGCGCGCGUUCGCUAAUCAGAUUCAACGACCCUUCGGAAUACGCUACAAUCCUUACACUCAAUCGGUGGAAGUGUUGACGGAUGCUCAGAAAAUUACGGCGGUGGUCAGCGAGCUGCGAGGUGAUCUUUGCAUAGUAUCGAACGCCUUGAAAAAGAUCCACGAGCAGGAUGACACCGUCGAUGUUGAAAGGAUAACGAGUUUGCUGACGCAAGGGAUCGAGAUGCCGCAGGACAGUUCGUCUUCAGACAGCGACGAUAGUCCUAAUGCCGAGGAGACUCGUCCUCAAGACGCCGAGCAAUCGCCUCAUGACGAUAAAGAAUAGAUAAAUGCCACUGUGAAGAAUUAAAUAACAUCGCUUUUAGUAUUGCAUGUAUUAAAUUCUGAAGAAUGCUUAAAGAAGUUGACAUGAAGCUUUAGAAAUGAAUUCUCUCCCACGAAAAAUAAAAAACCAUUUUUGCCAUUUCACAUGAAGAUAUCGUAAAAUUGAUUUAAUUAUAUUGAGAGUGGAUUAAUAAAAAAUUACAAUGCUCCGCGUAAAAUAAAUGGCUAAGAAAGAACUUCUGAUUCUUUCAUCCAAGAAUAAUUAUGUAAUCUCUGUAUGUUCUAUAAUAAGUAAUUA